AUGAAUGUUCUCGAAUCAAACACUUGCAUCCAAGAUGCUUUCAACCUAGCGUGGAAGGCUGCAUACGUUCACUUUGGCCUUGCGGAUAAGUCAGUUCUCGACACCUACAGCACUGAGCGUCAGCCAGUAGGAAAGGCUAUCAUUACCCGCGCCAACCAAGCAUUCCGGGAUCACUCCAAUGUAUGGGAGGCACAGGGUACUCUGACAAAGACCCUGUCGGAUCGCAAGGCGGUAUGGGAGAAACUCUCAAGCGAUACCAAGAAGGGAGAAGUCCGACACAAGGCCUUCCGUAAAGCCAUCACCUCGGCUUCUCACGAGUUUCACGCUCUUUGUAUUGAAAUGGGUCAGUGCUAUUCUGAUGAUGUUAUCCACACCGCAGAUGAGUCGGAGAAAUAUAGUUUUUCCGGGCGCGGUGCUGAGGACGAUAUUCUUUACUACGAACCCUAUACUUACCCCGGCUGUCGGCUUCCUCACGUGUGGUUGAACACAUCCAUUCCAGGACAUUCUUAUGUGCUGAACAGAGAAGCUUAA